UAGUAGGCCAGUACAAAAUAAAGACACCAGCACCUGCUUCUCUCUACUAAAUUCCUCCCUCUCUCUCUCUCUCUCCUCCCUGUUCAAGGUAUGACUCCGGCAUCCAGGAACCUCCUUCACCAUCACCAACCGUCAUCCGCCCGGCCACCCAAAAAUCCAAACCCCAAUACCACCACUGCCGCUAUGACUAACAGCCAAAAUCCCAAACCUAAUCCUAAUUCCUCCAAUAGUGUCGCCACUAAUUCACCAAUCACCCUCUCCGAACAAGAGCAGUUUCUCUCACGCGCCUCCCACCUCACGCGCCCAGAACUCCUUAAGCGACGGUCCUACAACCUCAAGCAGCUCUCAAAAUGCUACAGAGACCACUAUUGGGCUUUAAUGGAAGAGCUGAAGAUACAGUACAAAGAGUACUACUGGAAAUACGGUGUGAGUCCAUUCAAAGAAGAUCAUCCCUCAGUACGACAGAAGCAAGAACAAGGUGGUGGUGGUGUUGUAGAGAGAGAAAGUGGAGAGAGAGAGGGUGGUAAUGUUAAUAUUGAAGUUAUUGGUGAAAACAAUAAUAAUAAUAAUGGAAAUAAUGUAGGUUCUAAUUCCAAGGGAGAUUUUGAUUUGAAGAACAACCAUAGGUGUUUGUUUGUUGGCUGUAAGCUAAAGGCUAUGGCUUUGACUAGUUUUUGUCACUUGCAUAUACUUUCUGAUGCCAAGCAGAAGCUAUACAAGCCUUGCGGUUAUGUUAUCAAAAGUGCACAGGCAGGACCUAUAACUUGUGGAAAGCCAAUACUGAGAUCAACUGCUCCUUCUCUAUGUUCUGUACACUUCCAAAAGGCACAGAAGCAUGUAACCCGGGCUCUGAAGAAAGCAGGUCUUAAUGUUUCUUCAUCAAGUAAACUUGCACCUAAGUUCCAUGUUAUAGUGGCGGAGUAUGUGCGUCAAAUUCAAGCAAAAAGAAAAGCUGCAGAAAGAGGGAAUAGGAUUAAAGGUUUAGAUAAGGAAGCAAGUGCUAGCUAAAGCACCUGUUCAUUUUGGACAUGACUGAUGGAGCAUACAUGGCAGUGUAAACUAUCACAAGAACCAAAGGCCUUGUUGCUGAAGGAUAUGUUAAGCGACUAGGAACUAUUAGAAGGGUCUGUGAUUCAUGUAUUUAUAUAGUUUCAACGUCAACUAAAUGAAGCUUUCUUGGAUAAGUUAACCAGAUAUGCUUGAAGCCUAGUGCCAUUCCUUUGAAUGCUGACUUUGGAUAUUUGAAAUCCCUAGCCUGUCCAAAAAGAAUGUUUGCACUUGUUGUAAAGAUCAAUACUUUGGACCUGUGUUAAAUAUAAAAGCUUGUAUAGCUAUUCAGCUUCAAUUGGUGUAUGUUUGAUUUCUGUUGCAUACAGUAUCCAUGUGGAUAGAUUAUUGUGGUGAAAUGCUUCCAAAAUGCAGGGAAUUAAAGUGCAUGUCUUCAAGAUUCCCUAUGCUCCACUGAUGAUUGAUCAAUUGUCAUCAUUUGAUCUCUUUUUUAUUUAUUUAUUUUUUUUA